AUGGUCCUCUUCGACAGAUUCCGUCGCUCUGAAAAGCAAGGCGGCGAGGCACAGGUCGCUGCUACCGGCACAGAUGCCCAUCAAGGCUUCAUCGGGGAUGGAGACUUGAAAUACGCAAUCGAAGAGAGUGGUAAUGGCUCAGGGCCGACAUAUCAGGAAGUUUCCGGUGCCCCGGUGGAGACCAGCUCACCACUGGGAUACUAUGUCGGACCUGUGACCAUCAUUUUCUUGAACAUCAGCAAGAUGAUCGGAACUGGUGUCUACUCUACUCCUGCUGCCGUCUUGACUGGCACCGGCGCUGUCGGGCUCGCUAUGAUAUAUUGGGUCCUAGGUUUCCUAAUCGCUAUAAGCUCGCUCUCGGUUUACCUCGAAUACGCCUCGUACUUCUCGAAUCGGUCCGGUUCGGAGGUUGUGUACCUGGAGCAAGCCUAUCCGAGACCGCGAUAUCUUUUCCCUACUGCAUUUGCGGUUCAAUCGGUGAUCUUGUCCUUCAGCUCAGGCAACGCAAUCGUCCUUGCGAACUACCUCUUCAGGAUCAACGGACAUGUCCCAACGCCUUGGGAGUUGAAGGGUGUUGCUGUAGCUGGCUAUACCGUUGCUGUGCUCCUGCUAGCCUUUAACACACGUUUCGGCUACUUACUGUCUAAUGGCAUCGGCAUUGUCAAGCUUUUGACCUUGAUCUUUGUUGCUAUUACUGGCUUGGUCGUCCUUGGGGGACAUACAAGAGUGGAAAACGCUACAUCCCACUUCGACAACUCCUUCGAAGGAAUCUCGAAUCAGCCUUAUGGCCUUACAAAUGCUCUAGUCAAGAUUAUCUUUUCGUAUGCUGGAUAUGAGAACGCCUUCAAUGUCGUCAACGAGGUCAAGAACCCCGUACGCACGAUCCGAAAUAAUGCCUCGAUAUCCCUUCUCAUCGUCGCAAUCUUGUAUAUCCUCGCCAAUGUCGCAUACAUCGCUGCAGUACCCAUAGCGGAGCUCAAAGCCUCCAAGCAAAUCGCCGCCAGUCUCUUCUUUGAGAAGGUCUUUGGCUCAAGCGGUGCCGUAAAAGGCCUCAACUUCCUCAUCGCACUCAGUUCCUUCGGAAACUUGCUUGCGGUACUGAUCGGACAGUCUCGACUGAUUCGCGAAUGUGGAAGACAAGGAGUUCUACCCUUCCCACGUUUUUGGGCGUCUACCAGACCAUUUGGAACUCCUCUUGGUCCCUAUGCGGUCAAAUGGGGCCUCACGGUCAUAAUGAUCCUAGCGCCACCAGCUGGUGACGCGUUCAACUUCAUCGUCGACCUCCAGUCGUAUCCUUCAGCCGCAUUCAACCUCGCCAUGGCCGCAGGUAUCUACUUCGUCAGAAUACGCCGAGCAAAAGUCAAUCUUCCUCGCGGCCAGUUCAAGGCCUGGGACGCCGUCGUGGUGUUCAACAUUCUCGCCAAUCUCUACCUGCUCAUCAUGCCCUGGUACCCACCAGCCAAAGGCCGCAACGGCGGCGAUGUCAGCUUCUGGUAUGCAACUUACGUCGUCGUGGGCAUUGCGAUCCUCGUCGUCUGCGCCAUCUACUACUGGCUAUGGAUCUAUGUGAUCCCCCAAUGGCGCGGAUACCGCAUCCGACAGGAAGCACUGCAGCUCGACAAUGGUGCCAACGCUCAUAGACUGGUCAAGGUUCCUGUUGACCGGCUCGAUCAUUGGGAUACCACCCAUGACCCGCUUGGAAGGCAGAUUUCGGACUCGCACGGCCUCCAUGACAGCGCGAGUGGUAGUGAUGAGGGCGAGCAUAUUAAGAAUAUUAGCAAUGAACCCAAGGUGUAG